AUGCCGAGUGCUGGGGGAUUGAAUGUUCGUAGUGGUUUAUCCCAUCAACUUACUCGCCCUUUCUUGGGGUCAGAGAAUGUUGCUUACACCGAUGUUGAGCUCAUCAGUAUCGAAAGACAGAGAAGGGGCUGCGAUUCUCUGAAAGAGAGGUUCGCUGCAUCCUCAAAGCUAGGGGGUUUCGAAGAUGUAUCGAUGAACAAGUUCGAAAAUGAAGCGACUGACCAUGAGCUCCGUGCCAGGGUUGUUGUCCACCCAGAAAUCGCGGUGUUUGGAAGACAGCUGUGCGAGGAGAAGGUCGAAGCCUGGUUUAAGCUAAUGCAAAGUGGAGAUCAUAUUUUCUACUGCAACGAUAAUACCUUCUGUACCAAUGUCGAAGUUUUCUUCACUGACUCUCCAUCUGAGCCUAUUGUCUUUCCCUGGCCCUGGAGCAUGGACAUUACGCAAAUGGCUUCAGUGAGUGUUAUCAUGGUGCAAUUCACAGCACAACUUGUUCGCCAUAUUAAUAAUGGCGGAGAACACAGUACCUUAUGGGUGUCUCGACAAUCUCUCAAGGAUUUCAUCCCGUUUGGAGUCGUGAAAACACUAGGAUAUUUGGUUGACGAGAUGCUCAUAAAUCUAAAUUACAACUAUUUCGAAGUCUUUGUCAACAAAUCAAAAGAGUAUCCCUGGACAGAAUUCGCCUUUCCAGGUAGUUUCCUGUCAGGAUCGAGAGAAGAGAUAGAUGUCGAACAAUUGGCACCAUCAGUAGCUUACCAUGUCGAGAAGGAUAACUCUACACAAGAUUUAUGCUACACCUAUGCUCGAUUUAGCACCGAGUUUCGAUCCAGGAUAACACCCUCCAAGUCACGGCAAAUCUUACAUCUCAAGGCUAUCUGGGAGUUGCGCCAGGACGAGCCCAGGUAG